UCUCGCUGUGAUCUGUGACUGGAAUCUGGAAACUGGCCUCUGGCCACCAGUCACCUCUGAUGCGUGCCUCCGUGCGGUGCGAUCGCUGUGGUUCUUGGUUUUUCCCCUUUUUUUGGCAACUUUUUGUUUUGAGUGAGCGAGUGAGCAAGUGAAAGUGCCGGAAAAAUGCACGUGGAGGAGCUGAGAGCCAGCCUGCAGAGCUUUGGAUGGCUGGACUACUUGGUCUUCUGCCUGAUGCUGGCCAUUUGCGCCGUGAUCGGGAUUUAUUUCUGCCUGCAACUGCGUGGCGAGUCCAGGAGGAAGAAGGCGCAUGGCGAAGAGGAGGCGGCGACUAGUGCUGCCUCAUAUUUGGUUGGCGGCAGGCAGAUGAAGAUCUUUCCCAUCACCAUGUCCCUGAUAUCCAGCUUUAUAUCUGGAAUUACGCUUUUGGGCACACCCACCGAGGUUUACCUGUAUGGAGCUCAGUACAUGUAUAUCAUGGGAUCGCUGGUUCUAAUGGGCUUUUGCAUGUAUUACUUCUUCCUGCCGGUCUUCCACGAACUCAAUUUGAUAUCAACCUACAAGUACCUGGAGCAGCGAUACAACAGGAGCUUAAGGCUUUUCGGCUCUGUCAUGUUCAUCGUGGCAUCGCUCCUGUGGCUGCCAAUCGUGAUUUACGUGCCGGCUAUAGCCUUCAACCAGGCCACGGGAGUGAAUAUCCACGUAGUGACGCCCAUUGUGUGCGUGGUGUGCAUUUUCUACACUUGCAUUGGAGGGCUGAAGGCGGUGGUUUGGACGGAUGUCAUCCAAACGCUGAUCAUGUUCGGGGCAAUGGCCUUGGUUCUGAUCAAGGGAACCCUGGACAUUGGCGGACCUGGAGUGGUGUGGCAGAGAGCCCAGGAGACGGCUCGCCUGGAGCUGCCCAAUUUUAGUGCGGAUCUGAGCGAGCGGUAUACGUUCUAUUCGCUGGUUUUGGGCGGUGUAGCCCAUUGGCUGAAGUCGAAUGCAAUCAGUCAAAAUAUGAUACAGAGAUACUUAUCGCUGCCCACGCUUCGCGAUGCUCGGAUUGCAAUUUGGACAUUCAUCGCUGGUGUCUUGGCCUUUCUGAUGAUCUGCGGCUAUACGGGUCUGCUGAUCUAUGCUACGUAUUCCCAAUGCGAUCCCUUGGAAACGAAGUUGGCCCAGAGAAACGAUCAGCUGCUGCCACUUUUGGUCAUGGACACACUGGGCGCAUAUCCGGGUCUGCCAGGCGUGUUUGUAGCCGGUGUCUUCAGUGCGGCAUUGUCAUCGCUGUCGACCGGCUUAAACUCUCUGUCUGCAGUCGUGCUGGAGGAUUUCGUAAAGACCUUCAGAAAGAGUCCUCUGACCGAAGGACAAACCGCUUUUGUGAUGCGCAGUGUGGUCGUGGUAUUUGGCAUUAUAUUCGUGGCUCUGGUGUUUGCCGUGGAGAAGCUAGGUGCCGUCCUGCAACUGACCAUCACCCUUUCGUCGGUGGCAAAUGGACCGCUGCUGGGCAUUUUUACCGCGGGAGUCAUGUUGCCGUGGGUCAAUUCCAAGGGAGCCUUACUCGGCGGAUUCAGCUCACUCAUUGUUAUGGCAUGGAUGUGUGUGAGUGCCCAGCGGGAUCUGGUCACCGGCGAUCUCGUCUACAAGAGGAAACCUUAUUCAACGAUGGGCUGCAAUUACACUUUCGCCGGAGAGCCUCGGGAGUUCGCCAGCCUGGCACUAGAUGGCGCCACCAGUUCCAGUCCGAGAGCUCCAUUCCAGCUGUAUCGGAUUUCGUAUCUGUACUUCACGCUCUUUGGAGCCCUGGUGACGAUUGCAGUGGCGCUGGUCACAAGUCUUCUGCUCCGGGAAUCGGAUUUGGAUGGAGUGGAUACACGUCUGCUCACUCCAUUCGUGAGGCGCUGGCUAGAGCGACGUCGUCAUCGUCGAUCGGAGGUACCGGAUCCUGGCCAGAAGUCCAGCGACAAACAGGAGACGAGAACGUGAAGGGGAUGGGCUUGUGCUGACCCGGCAUCAUCCUGGCAAAGUUCCUUUCGGUAGCUUAGCAAAUAUUUAA